AUGUUCUUCUCCCGAGUAUUUACGCGGCGCGCCGCGCUUGCCCGGAAAUUCAUUCGAUCCAACAUCGCCAGCCGACGCACAAUGAUAGCUGCGCCUGGUCCGAACACAGGACCACUACUGGAACGACGUGCGGACCGCGAGCUACCGAACCCGAACCCAACCCGGAAGUGGCUUCUUACACUCCCGAUCUUCCUUAUCGCAACGGGAGCUGGCAUGCUUGGAAUCUUCAAUUACCAGAAGUCAUCGUCGAGCAUCGUGAGCAGCACGCUGUACGCGCUGCGGACGUCGCCGCGGGCUCGUGAGAUCCUCGGCGAUGAGAUCUACUUCGCACAGCAGAUUCCUUGGAUCAGUGGAGAGAUGAAUCAACUACAUGGUCGCAUUAAUAUCUCGUUCUGGGUCAAGGGGACGAAGUCCCAGGGCAAGAUGAACUUCAGAAGCAUUCGGCCAGAUCGUAUGAGCUAUUUCCGUACCGAAGAAUGGAGUCUGGAGACUGAGGAUGGAACGGUGGUCCAAUUGCUCGAUAAAGAUUUCGAUCCCUUCCGGAAGAACUGA